CCGCCUUCCCUGUGUGUGGUUGGCUGGCCGUGCGCCUGAGCUGCUGUUUCAGCUCCUGAAAAGCUGUGCUGACAGGAGAGGGUGAGAGCAGUGCCGUUUGUCGGAGUCAAGCAGAGGGGAGGAGGCGUGCAAGGUAAACUGAGAGACAGAAACGGAAAGAGAGGUGUGUGUAUGCACGUUUGGAAGGAGCUAGGGCGUGCUGCCUGGAAACGUGAUGCACUCUGCCGUGUGAGAGGAUAUAGAUUCGGUACCUGUUCUGCCCGGCAGAUGUCAACCAAGGAAGCAAGGGAGUUAAUGAGAGAGAGAGAGGAGCUUCCUUCUGUCUUUGUUUGUAUGAGGGGGGCCGCACCUCUUUCGCUGCGACCACAAUAACACACCGGCAGAUGUGCUGCUCGUUAGCGGACAUCAUCUAAAACAAGGAAAGGUACUCCAUCCGGAAAGCUGCUCCUUCUCCUCUCGCUCCCGGGAAACGCCGAGUACACACUGCUGCGCCCAAAGUUUAAAUAGCCAGCAGAAGAGGGAGCAGCAGGAAUAUCGGCCGGAACAGAGGAUUGUUUCUUUGCAACAGCUGCUACCCACGGCACCUGUCAGGAGGAGCGUGCUGCCUCGAGACGCUCGCUUUUCCGGAAGGAAAUCAUGACUUUUCAUUCUCUCCCUGCUUCCUCGCGUUGCGCCAGUAGAACGGAAUCCUGCUGCUCUAGUGGCGUGUUCUUGUUUAGGGUGUCUGCUGGCUUCCUGUGAGCUGCAGCUGUGACCAUCUCAUUAGACUGGGUAGGCAUUGACUCCUUUUUCUCCCCCUUCUUUCUGAUAGCUAACAUGCUUUAAGAAAGCGCGCCAAAGCAGAAAAAAACAAACGGACAAACAAAACGGCAGCUGUUCCUUUUCUUCUGGACGUCUUGGCCCCUCUGUGCUGUGGGCUUUUGCUUCCUCUUAUCAGUCCUGAAUGCAGAAUUCACUUCACCCGGAGUCUCAGCUUCUCCAGCCUGAACAUCUGUUAUGUUUUGACUUAAGAAUAUUGUGAUGGUUCUUAGUUGUGCAUGUAGAGUAACACUUGAUUUUUCAACUGUAGUUUUUUUAGAUUUUUUUGGGCUUCAACAUCACUGUUAAAAUACUAGUUCAACACUUACCAUCCGGAAAGUACAUUUUCCAAAAAGGUGCAAUUCAUAACAGUGCAAGUGUUUCUGAAUUACGUAAUGUGUGGACAUUAUAUGAAAGGAAACUGAAGGGGGCACUAAAUAUUGAUAAAGAAGCAUCUACUGGCCCCUGCCAUCUCCGCAGAUUGAAGCCCUGGAGCCCAGCCUGACCCCCCUGUCCAGAGAGAGUAUGCCCCUGGCUCCAGGCCACUGAGGGGACGGCUGUGCUCCUGACAUGCCUGCUGCUGCAGCUCCACACAGCUCACCUGCAAGGGACAGCUGCUCAGCCAGGCCUGCUGUUGCCUUGUGUCAGCCAGCCGCGUGUUCCUGCACACGGGACAAGAAGACGCAGAGGGGGCAGGACUCGUGUCCCCGCGGCACUUCUAACACUGCUGACUGUAACCGCUCCUUCAUUUCAAACUCGAAUUCUUGUAUAUAGCUGCCAUAUACCACCGGCUCAGUGCACGCAACAAGCUGCUCUUCCGUGUGACAGAGUUUGCGUUGGCAUUUGUACCUUCACACAUCUGGCUAUGACGGCAGAGAUCUGCGAGAGAAACUAUUAGAGACCACUCUGUGAAGUGAAUGAAAAUAUUAGAGACCCCUCUGUGAAGACCUGGUGUGGAGAAAUGAUUGGAAGAUGCUUAUCUUAAGGAACUGCUUCACUUCAAUAAAGACAGACCAUCCCGAAACAAAAGAAGACUGAGGGAUUCAAUGAAAGUCUCCCCUCUAUAGAGUAUAAUGCAUUAAAGCAGAUCUCAAUUUUUUAUGAUAAAAAUGAAUACUAGGAUGACAAAGAAGAGAAAUAUGCAGACAAGACCCGUGUGGAGAAGUUAAAUAGUGUCUGUGCCCUGUCAGUAUUAUAUUCAAUUAGCAUCACUGUUGUUGGCCCGAGUCUGGUGAGAUCCACUUUCAGAUUUACCGAACAGUCCUUUGUUUUGAGCCCCUUCCAGGGCUGAGGUAUCUGCCUGCCCCUGGUGCAAGUGCACUGCUGCCCAGCUCAUGGCUCAGCUUGCCCUUCACCCACCCAUGCCUCUUAGCGCUCGGAGCUGACGGGUGCCCGCUGACCCCCCGGGGUGGAGAUCGUGCCGGUGAAACGGAUUCUUUUCCAGGCAGGAGCCGGCCGCCACGAGUCGGGCAGCAUGGACGACUCCAGCAUUCUGAGACGGAGGGGGCUGCAGAAGGAGCUGAGCCUUCCCAGAAGAGGCAGUUUCUGUCGGACCAGCAACAGGAAGAGCCUGAUUGUGACCUCCAGCACCUCGCCCACUCUGCCCAGACCACACUCUCCUCUGCAUGGACACACAGGGAGCAGCCCCCUGGACAGCCCCCGGAAUUUCUCCCCCAACACUGCGGCACACUUCUCCUUCGUCCCAGCGCGUAGUCACGGGCACAGGGCUGACAGGACGGAUGGCCGCCGCUGGUCCCUCGCAUCGCUGCCCUCCUCGGGCUAUGGCACCAAUACACCCAGCUCCACUGUGUCGUCAUCAUGUUCAUCCCAGGAGAAGCUGCACCAGCUGCCCUUCCAGCCCACGGCCGACGAGCUGCACUUCCUCACCAAGCACUUCAGCUCAGAGAGCAUCACGGACGAGGAGGGCCGCCGUUCCCCUGCCCUGCGCCCGCGCUCCCGCAGCCUCAGUCCCGGCCGAUCACCUAUCUCCUUUGACCAUGAGAUCGUGAUGAUGAACCAUGUGUACAAGGAGCGCUUCCCCAAGGCCACAGCCCAGAUGGAGGAGCGUCUGGCAGAGUUCAUCGCCUCCAACGCCCCCGAGAAAGUCAUGCCUCUGGCUGAUGGGGUCCUGAGCUUCAUCCACCACCAGCUGAUCGAGCUGUCCCGGGACUGUUUGGACAAAUCGCGUGAGGGCCUCAUCACCUCCCGUUACUUCUACGAGCUGCAGGAGAACCUUGAGAAGCUGCUCCAGGACGCUCACGAGAGGUCAGAGAGCGCGGAGGUGGCCUUCGUCACUCAGCUGGUGAAGAAACUGAUGAUCAUCAUUGCCAGGCCGGCGCGCCUGUUGGAGUGUUUGGAGUUCGACCCUGAGGAGUUUUACCACUUGCUGGAAGCAGCGGAGGGCCAUGCCAAGGAGGGCCAGGGCAUCAAGUCCGACAUUCCCCGCUACAUCAUCAGCCAGCUGGGUCUCACUAGGGAUCCCCUGGAGGAAAUGGCCCAGCUGAGCAGCUAUGACAGUGGCAAUCCAGACACCCCUGAGACGGAUGACUCUGUAGAGAGCCGCGGGGCCACGGUCCAGGUCAAGAAAACACCGCGUGAGGAGGACUUUGAGAACAUUAAGCUGAUCAGCAAUGGAGCUUAUGGUGCUGUUUACCUGGUCCGGCACAAGGAAACCCGGCAGCGCUUCGCCAUGAAGAAGAUCAACAAGCAGAACCUAAUCCUGCGCAAUCAGAUCCAACAGGCCUUUGUAGAAAGAGACAUCUUGACCUUUGCUGAGAACCCCUUUGUGGUCAGCAUGUUCUGCUCUUUUGAAACCAAGCGCCAUCUCUGCAUGGUCAUGGAAUAUGUGGAAGGGGGAGAUUGCGCCACGCUGCUGAAGAACAUUGGUGCCCUGCCAGUAGACAUGGCACGGAUGUAUUUUGCAGAGACGGUGCUGGCGCUGGAAUAUCUGCACAACUACGGCAUCGUUCACCGUGACCUCAAACCUGACAAUCUAUUGAUCACAUCCAUGGGACAUAUCAAACUGACAGAUUUUGGGCUCUCCAAGAUUGGCCUCAUGAGUCUCACCACCAACUUGUACGAGGGGCACAUCGAGAAGGAUGCCAGGGAGUUCCUGGACAAGCAGGUGUGCGGCACACCAGAAUACAUUGCUCCAGAGGUCAUUCUGCGACAGGGCUAUGGCAAACCAGUGGACUGGUGGGCAAUGGGUGUGAUUCUGUACGAAUUCCUGGUGGGCUGUGCGCCCUUUUUUGGAGACACACCGGAGGAGCUCUUUGGUCAGGUUAUCAGCGAUGAGAUCAUCUGGCCAGAGGAAGAUGAAGCCUUGCCACCAGAUGCUCAGGAUCUCAUCUCCAAACUGCUGCGCCAGAACCCCCUGGAGAGACUGGGCACAGGGAGUGCCUUUGAGGUGAAACAGCACCGGUUCUUCACAGACUUGGACUGGAACAGCCUGCUGAGGCAGAAGGCUGAGUUCAUCCCACAGCUGGAGUCUGAGGAUGACACCAGUUAUUUUGACACGCGUUCCGACAGGUACCACCACGUGGACUCAGAGGAGGAGGACGACACCAACGACGACGAGCACGUGGAGAUCCGCCAGUUCUCCUCCUGCUCCCCGCGGUUCAGCAAGGUGUACAGCAGUAUGGAGCGCCUCUCCCUGCACGAGGAGAAGAAGACCCCUCCACCAACAAAGCGCAGUCUGAGCGAGGAAGGGGGGGACAGGUUGGACAGUCUGAGUGGGCUGAAAUCCCGGGAUCGCAGCUGGAUGGUGGGGUCCCCUGAAAUCCUCAGGAAGCGCCUGUCGGUGUCAGAGUCCUCUCACACCGAGAGCGACUCCAGCCCCCCACUUACCGUGCGCCGCCGCUGCUGCUCCGCCAUCAUUGAGAUGCCCCGCUUCGCUAUCUCCGCGGAGGAGGAGGGAGGCGGUGGCAGGAAGGGCCCCGCGCCGGCCCCUCCCGCCCAGAGCCGAGCCCCCUCCCGAGGAGACGAGCUGCCCCUGUCCAUCCCCGAGCAGCCGCUGGAGAGAGAGCUGCGCCUGGAUGAGUCGCCCACCACCCCUGGCUCCACUGCCAGCCAGCAGAGCCGAGCCACGCUGACCCCCGGCAGCUCGGGGGAUGUGUCAGAGCGCUCUCUGCGGUGUAACAGCGCUGAGGGCCCAGACUCCACCACUCCGAAGGCUAUAAGUGACCUGGCAGCCCGCCGCGCACGACACCGGCUCCUCUCAGGAGACACGGUGGAAAAACACACCUCCCGGCCUGUCAACAAGGUCAUCAAGUCCGCCUCCGCCACCACACUCUCGCUCCUGAUCCCCUCAGACCACCAUGGCAGCUCCCCCCUGGCAAGCCCCAUGUCUCCCCACUCCCUCUCCUCCAACCCCUCAUCCCGGGACUCAUCUCCCAGCCGAGAUCUCUCCCCAGCCAUCUCCAGCGUAAAGCCCGCCAUUGUCAUCCACCGUGCUGGCAAGAAGUAUGGCUUCACCCUGCGCGCCAUCCGGGUCUACAUGGGAGACACUGACAUCUACACUGUCCAUCACAUGGUCUGGCAUGUGGAGGAGGGGGGUCCAGCGCACGUGGCUGGGCUGAGAGAGGGUGACCUGAUCACUCAUGUCAAUGGAGAGCCGGUCCAUGGUCUGGUGCACACAGAGGUGGUGGAGCUCAUCCUCAAGAGUGGUGCCAAGGUGUCCAUCUCGGCCACCCCAUUUGAAAACACCUCCAUUAAGGUUGGACCGGCUCGCAAAUCCAGCUACAAGUCCAAAAUGGCUCGUCGAAACAAAAAGACAAAGACAAAAGAAGGCCAGGAGAGCAGUAAAAAGAGAAGCUCCCUGUUCCGGAAGAUUACGAAGCAAGCUUCCCUCCUGCACACCAGCCGCAGCCUGUCCUCCUUGAACCGCUCGCUGUCCUCUGGGGAGAGCGUACCGGGGUCACCCACCCACAACCUGUCCCCUCGCUCGCCCACACAGGGGUACCGUUCCACUCCGGACUCCACACACUCCGUUGGUGGAAAUUCCUCCCAGAGCAGCUCUCCCAGUUCCAGUGUCCCUAACUCUCCAGCUAGCUCAGGACACAUCCGGCCCAGCUCUCUGCACGGCCUGGCGCCCAAACUCCAGCGGCAGUACCGCUCUCCACGCCGCAAGUCUGCUGGGAACAUCCCUCUCUCUCCGCUAGCCCGAACGCCCUCCCCGACCCCUCAGUCCACCUCCCCACAGCGCUCCCCCUCCCCCCUGCCAAGCCAUUCCCUGGGCAGCUCUGGUGUCAUUCAAUCUUUCCCCGUCAAGCUCCAUUCCUCCCCGCCUCUGGUGAGGCAGAUCUCGCGGCCCAAGAGUGCUGAGCCGCCGCGCUCACCCCUGCUGAAGCGCGUCCAGUCUGCCGAAAAGUUGGCUGCCUCCCUUUCCUCUUCCUCCUGCUCCCCUUCCCCUGCUACCUCUGCUGACAAAAAGCUGUCUGCUUCCUCCCGCAAACACAGCCUUGACAUCUCACAUGCAGAGUUCAAGAAGGAGAUGAUGCAGAGGGACCCCAGCCUCCAGAGCCUGCAGGAGUCAGCUGGUGAGAUCCUCCUGGGCGGACGAGCAUCUCCCGCAGAGAAGGGAACCCUGCAGAAACACUCCCCUCGCAAGCUGAGCCGCCAGGAGACCCCUGAGGGAGGAGGGGCAGGCAUUGGGCUCAGCCCAGGGAAAAGCAAACUGAAGGAUAAGCUCUCGGCUAUCCGGCAGGACCGUGCAGAGAGGCGGGAAUCUCUCCAGAAACAGGACGCCAUCCAUGAGGUGGACUCCUCGGAAGACGAGACAGACGAAGGCUCAGAGGACAGCCAGGAUGGCAGGAGGCUGGGCCACUGGGGGGACUGUGGGCGCACGAGGUCUGCCAACGAUGAUGACCCCUUCCUGCCACCCGAGACUGCUCAUCGGACAGCAACCUCCACACAUAGAGGCAGCACAACCACAGGCCCCUCCCUCUCAUCCUCACCCCCUGCACAAACACUGCAGACUCAGCGAGCUACUCCUCAGGCUGGCAGAGCAGACCAUACAUCUGCUGAUUUCAAAGCGUCAGAGCAGAAAGUAUCCCAGACCAAAGUGCACCUUUCAGAGGCUGCAGAAGAUAGUAGUCAGCCAGAAAGAGUUGAUGCCUCAAAAAAAGCAGGGACGUUACCUGAAACCAUUGUCAGUUCUAUGCCAACUCAGCUCCACCAAGGCAUCCAAAACAAUCUGUCUGGGAUUUUCUCGACUCCUGGUAGCGCAUUUACAUCUGUCGGCAAGGAUUCCUACCAAACGUCAACUCUAGCCAGCAGCACACCAGCAGCACCUGGUCUGGUGGCAAAAGACUUGAAAAUUGCUCCGAAACCACUCCUGGACACCAGGGAGAAGACCGGCACUGUGGUAAAGAGUGAAGAGAAACCCCUCAAGGCUGGUCGUACCCCUGAGUCAAAACCAAGCACUCUGCAAGCAGACAGUAGGGAUACCCCUGUCCAGAUUGUAGGGACCAGCAAGGAGAAGAAGGAGGCAGAUAACAGGAGACAGGCUCUCAGUGCUGCAGCGGCUGCCUCUCCCUCUGAGACCGGUACCGACAUGGUGCCACAGCUCAUGUCCCAGUUCGCCACAGUGGCUAAGAGUGUAUUGGGUCCCGUGAAACUGAGCAUUCCUGGGGCGAAGGAAGCUUUUGAAAAAGCCAAAGAGCUGAGGUCAGAGGAUAGUCUACAUCCAAAGAGCAAGGAUGAGGGCAAAGCCAGACAAGAGCAGGAAAGGCCCGACGCAUUUAAAACACCUGCUUUACCUGGGCCAGCUGGGCCCUCUCUGCAGCCUACCCCUCAGCCCCCUCAGCUCUCCACGUCCCCCCCCAGUCAUCCGGCUCCAAAAACUGAACAGGCUGCUGCUCUACAGAAGCCUUCUGACCUCCCGGGGGACAGACAGAAAAAUGCGUCUGUCAAAGACUGUGCCCAGGCCUCCACUGGUAAAACAGCAGGGGGCUUCCCCUGCCAGCAGGACGGCGCCAGCGGCCAGCACAGAGACAGCCUCCAACAGCCAGCCAGACCACCGCAGACAGCAGAGCAGAAGAAGCAGCCAGAUUCCCAGGUCCCUCAGAGAGCAGCAGCAGCACCUCAAGACAAAACUUACAGGAAAACGUAGCAGUGCCACUACAAUCCACAAAAUAAAUAAAACUGUUGUGUUGAAAUAAUCUAAAUUCAAUAAAGUACUGCAUGUUGGAAAAAAGAACAAUUAUUAAGGAAACUUUAUGAUACACUAAAUCUGAGAAACAGAGAAUCGGCUAUAAAAACCUUUGUUCAACAUUGUGCUGUACAUUUUCAUACACAGGUUCCACCUCAGCUCUAUAUUGUAGUAUUUUUUAUUUCAAAAUCGGAGCGAAUGUCCUUGUGGAGUCAGCAUUUCUUUCAGUAACUGGCGGGGCUAGAAAUAAACUGUAUAUUUAGUGGUUUGUGCAGAGUGGGUUUCACACACAGAUGAUCUGCCUGAUUUUGCCAUUACUCUUCGCUUUGAAGACAUGCUCUGAGCUCGCAUCUGUUUUCUAGGUAAUAGAACAGGUUGUGCCUUAAUGAAUACAAUGUUUCAUAUUCAUCAGCAUGUUUAUUCAAGAGAGACUUCUGGAUAAAUGGAUGUAUUUCAGCAAUAAAAGUAGCGUAUGCUUAGCAAUUUGUAUAAAAUACAUUAAGUAUAUAAAACGCCUAUAUCACCUCUAUCCAUGUAGCACCUAGAAACCAAAUCCAGUUUUCACAUUUCAGUUCUGUUGUAAAUUUCUUCAAAGAAAUCAUUUGAUUUCACUGUAGUUCUCUAUUGAAUCUCCAAUAGCCAUUUCAACACAUUGCAUCUAAAGAUGUCGCAAUUGCAAUUAAUUCAUUUCACUGUUAAUAUGUUUUGUCUUGCAAUGUAGUAGGAAAACUGAUAUUGUAAUGCUUUCCAUGGUUUACCUACUCCUACAGCAGGUUCUGCACCUUUAGGAAAAGCUGUAUUCUGAAUGUUUCUGUGCAAAAAAGGAGUCAGAGAUUGCUGCCUCCAUUUCUCAUGUAAACAGCUGCAUGUGUGCACUGUUUACACGUGUUUGAACUGUGAAACUUGUUGCAGUGCAGGAGAGUGUUAGCUGAAGAUUAGACUGCUAAUAAGCCGAUGAGAUUCUCAUGCAUUCACCAAUAUGCUUAUUCUUUACGAAAAUAUUUGUAAAUGCUUAAGGAAAUACAUUACAAAGGGCUUAGUGGGUUUUGUUCCAUUAAUCAGUUUCCAUGCACCAGACAUUUGAAAUGUUGAUACCGUAUUUGUAAAAAAAUCUAAAACAUAAAAAAAUGUAUUUUUUGGGAAAUCCUUUGCCAAAAAAAAAAAGAAAAAUGUUGUUUGUAAAACACAAGCCACUAGGUACUCAUUAACAGUUUGUUUCUCAUUUACAGGUUUCUCAGAUUUGAUUUAUCCCCAGAUCAUUCCAUCCCAAUUUUGCUUCCCUGAAAACAUUAAAAACUAGUUGUGAACCCUGAUGAAUGAUCUGAUUGGCUCAUUUCAGACCUGUGUUUUAAUGAAGUCCUGGUCUGACUCAGCUUGACUUAGUCUGGACUUUCAUUACAGUCUCAAAUGCCCCCUUCUGUGUAAUUGACAUCUGGUUACUGGAAGUUCUGUUGUAUAUCAAGCAGCUAGACAGUGGUACAGUGGUAAAGUACAGUUGUCUUUAUUUCUAGCCCUGCUUUUUGCUACUUUUUAUCCAGUCGUAUUUUAGAUUUUAUUUUUACUUUCAUUUGUUUUUCCAAUCAGGACCAACUUGCUGUUUACUUCUCUGUGGUUCUUUUUGUACGGCUGGCAAACAUCACUUUAUCCCUGAGACACUAGCUAUGUGUGUGUGCAUGUGUGUGUAAAUCUGUGUCCACUGUGCGUUCUCUACCCUGCUGUCUAAGACCGACAUUGUGAACAGUGAUUGGCUUACAGGCAGCUGGCUGAUUCAGGGCGCUCAUGUCACUUUGCUUGCAAGUAGCUGCUGAAAGUUAUGGGAAAGGUUUUGGACUCCCAAGUGUACAGUAGUAGGGGCUGUACUUCAUACUGUUAGUCAUCAAAAAAGAAUCAACAUAGAAAAUGAAGCCAUUCAAGCCUUUAGAUUUAUAAGGUAAUGUGAUCAAUAAUUCAGAUUCCCAGUUUAAAUUUAAAUUUCUCCAGAUUAAUUCUAGCUUCUGGAAGGUUGGUUUUCUUGAAUGGUGACUCAGGAAGUGUUUUAUUCUUGAACAGCUGCUUGCCUGUAAGGUUUUUGCACUAUGUGACAAAAUCCCUCACUGGUCGUCCGGUGAGCCUGUGCAGUAGUCAAGUUGGGGAGAGGGCGUACUUUCACUGGGUGUGAGGCUUUUUGUUUUGUUUUUUUUCUGUGUGGGAAGGAGAAAACAACUUGUGAAAAGGGGGGAACAUAAAUGCGGACAUUAAAUGAGUUAUUAGUAAUACACCAUGACUCUCUUCAGAGUUGUUGUUUGAGAGUUCUGACUUUUGUAGGCUUGGUUUGUUGUUUAGAUGGCCACAAGGCUCCAAAGUGUUUGAUCUUAUUAUGAAUUUUGAACAUGCAGCACUGAAUUAACAACAGAACAAUUCCCCGUAAGUCCUUCAGAUAUGGUGUUAUUUGAACAUGCACUGGAUCUGUUUAUCACAUUCUUUGUACGAGAGUGAUGUGGAUUACUGCUUGUAUGUUGUAUGUUUGACCCAGCAAAAAGCAACAUGAAAAUCUAAUCUUCAUAUCAGAAAAUCCUUAGCCCAUGCUUAAAGCAUGUAGUUUAUAGAAUUAAAAAAAUAUUCUAAAUGUUUCAUGGUUUUCUUCCUGGGGCUUUGCCAGUUGCUUAAAAACAGCAAACUAGGAAUAAGGAGAGGAAAUGUUAUACUUUAAUGAAGAGACCUAAAUGACACUAAGAUUCUUAUGUUUAAACUGAAAUAUUCUGUUUUAAAAAUUGGAAUCAGAUCUCUGGAGUUUCAUUAGGUACAUCAAUAAAUAAAAAUGUUUUUCCUUUUCCUGGGGGUGUUUUAGGAAUUUAAUUGGAAAGGCAUUGUGAAAUGAACAGUCUUGGAAUUGAAGCAGACUCAUCUCACAGAUGGGAGGAGUCUGCUUAGGUAGUAUGAAUUUGUCCUGCAUAAAUGGCAAAUUAUAUGCACUGAAAGAGGUCCUACCUGUUGUAAGCUUUAAUCAGCUUUAAUCACCAAAAUCAUGCCAGUUGCGAAUAUAAAUUCCCAUUCCUGUUGGUGGAUGACGAGGGCAAUCAGAUAUGAAGUCAAAAUGAACAAAUUGUAAUAACAACACCAAAAUUGUAAAUAAACAGCAUACUUGCAGUGGUGAUCAGUAGCUAUUUCAGUAGUUUUCACAAGAAGCACAUGCACUUGCCAUACGAAGGGAUGUAGACAACCUCUGACUUUCAGGAACAGGUUUUCACUGGUGUGCACAGGAGAUUUCUUUCUUUUCUCCAGUCGGUACAAAAAACUUUAAACUUGGUUAAAGCAAAUUUUCUGCACACGUAUUUAGGCCUUUUACCACAGUGUUGGACAGAUUUAACCUGCUGUGGAAAUGCAGGAGAUUUAUUUCUGCUGCAAAUGUUUCUAAAUCUGGCCCACUUUUUUAUUGAGCAAAAAUAGGCAAACUAAUCUCCAUGAUUUGCGCAUUUCUUGUAUCUCUACCCUGGCAAAGCAGAAAAAGCAUAUGGGCUUCUCGGAGUCAGUUGCAUGGGUGACAGGAGAAUAUGGAAGGUACUUCAUACAGAAACACAUCCCCCCUCCCUCCCCCAGCAAAUCAAAAGUGUGCCAAUAGGGCUGGACAGGAGCAUCCUGGGAACAAGCUCCUUUAAGAAACAAAACGCAGCCUUUUCAAACCUUUCCACUUGCUGUAGGUAGACAACAUGAAUUGUAUAUAAUGUGAAUUGUAUACUGUAUACAUAGCUUAGCUUUCUAUUAGUGAUAUCUGUGUUGCAUCAAGGUAUAAUAUGGUUCAGAUAUUAAAUUAGAUUGCCCAGCAGAGAGGAAAUGGGAUUGACCACUGUGACCCAGUUUCCUCAUGAAUUCUUCACAGUGGCCAUUCAAUUUUGUCAUCAUUCUAAAAGGUUAAAAUACUAGGCUGUGCUAGACAUUAUUAUGAGCUACUGUUUCCCUCCAAGUUUAAAAAGCAAAGAAAUCCCAUGUUGCUUUUAAAUGUAAUUGUUGAGGCUUCUCCAUGAAUCUUAAAUGAAGUACCAUGAAGUCGCCAAGGUGAAACACUGGCACAAAUCUGCUAUGAAGAAUAAUUCACCUCUCUGCCUUUGGCAUUGAAUAUACAAAAGGCCUUCAGCAUUGCUAAUAUCCGCCAGUAGCUAUGGGGGCUGUUGCCUUCUUCAGUGAGCUCACUCGACUCCCAUUGAAGAUCCUCUUGCUCUUCUGACACUGGCUAAAGAACUAAUGUACUAAAGGUUUUUAAAGCCACAGGGGUUUCUCCAGAGUUAUAACGAGCCAAUUGGGGUAGCCUGAAGCCAUGUACAAAGGUGGAUAUCUAAUGCAAAUCUGUGGAGGAUUGCCAGCAACCCUAAAAAAGCACUUAUAAUGUGCAAACAAGCUGUGUAUCAUAAAUUGGGGUCUCCAUCACUUUAAGAAUGAGGAAUGUCAGAAAUGAACAAGACAUCAGAUUGUUGAUAUUUUUAUUUUUAUUCCUUGUUGGUAAUAGUUAAUUCCAUGCUCAGUUUCCAGUGCAGACAACAGAGUUUUUAAUUUUGGUCUUGGCGAAUCCCCAUUGUUUGUGAUCUCCAUGCUUGUAUUUGGAGCAACAAUCUUUCUGCUUCUUGCUCUGGUGACAGCAAAUUGGGUUUGUGUGCUGCUGAAAGCCUUCACCCUAGCUGAACAAGAUAUUGCCAGACAUUGCCAUUAAUAGCAUGAAGCCUCAAAAUCAUCUAAUUUGUUUUCUGUGGCCCAGUUCAGCUCGGCAGACUGGGAAAACUGGUGACAAGGGGUGACCCUGUUCGGAAGCAAAUUUCUAGCAGUUGCAGCCCCAGGUAGCUUUUAAAUUGAGCAAUCAAUUUUGCUUGAACAUCGAAACUGAAAUGUAUCUGGAGAGUUGGUCUCUUUUACCUUCUCAUUACAGGAAACAGACUGUGUCAUUUUCAGGUAAAUUCACAGCUGGUGAAAGUUGAGGAAAGUGAGGACUUCACUCCUGGACAGGUACUGGGACCUGAACACAGGAUCGAACAGCUUUAGACUUCUGUGUCUACUAGUCUCCCUCAAUCUCUGUAUUUCAGUAAAGUAGAGAAACCUAGAAACUGUGGUUGUGCUGGAGGAGGAGAGCUGCCAGGGUCUCUCCCUCUCCUCUUCAUGUUUACUGUGCAAGUGCUUGGUCCAUUUUUUAACACCAGAGACUGCACAUUCCUAGACAAUGUUUGCGUGUUUUUAAAUAAGUGUAUCAGAAAGUGAAAAUUACAACAAGAUAUUUAUUGUAUACAUAUGCCGUACAUGUAUAAUCUUAGCAGUGUUGGGUGU